CUCCUGCAUUGCCAGCAGAUUCUUUACCAAGGGAGCUUUGAGCCUUUCUCUGCAAAAAAACAAUUUUAUUUUUUUUUAAUUUUUCCUCUGGGAUCACUUCUAGAGAACAGAUACCAGCAUUUAGGAGCUUCUAAUUAAUUGCACAAUAACAAUUUAUAUGGAAAGUGCAUUCUCUUGUAGACAGUGUGUCUAGUUUAUUAGUGCUUAAGGUCCAUGCUUAUUACUGGGUUGGAGUAAUAUUGACACAGGCAGCUAUGAGCUGGAUAUCCUUUUGCUCUAUGUUAUUCAUUUAUUUUUUUUACAUAUUUGCUUUCAAUUUAGUGCCUGCUGCAGGCACUAAAUCAAUAUUUGUUGAAUGAAUUAGGCAAAUGAGUGCCCAUUUAUCAGUUGAACUUAUUAGGUCAGAGGUAUUAUCAAGUAAUAUGAUACAUUGCCAUAUUAACAAACACUGAAUAAUUCUGAUUACCAGUAAUAACAUGUAGAGAUUGCUUAUUAUAUGCUUUGUACAGAGAAAUGAAUUAUUUGAUCUGUUCUUCAAGAGGAUUAGGAAUGGGUAUGUUUAUUGUGUUCAGUUACUGAAAGACUGUCCUCUUGUCCACUGACCUUCAACAGUACAAAAAGGUUAAACAUACAGGAAUAGUUUAGAAAUAUACAAGUUUAAAAAAAAAAAAAAGAAAUAUACAAGUUUAGAGAAACAGCCAAAGUAGAAAAUGUCAUGCAGAAGAUUACCUUAGUUGAUAUAUAUUUGGUUUUGAGAGUUACUCUUGUGGGAAUUCGCUGGUGGUCCAGUAGUUAGGACUCUGUGCUUCUACUGCAGGGGCCACAGGUUCAAUUCCUUUUCAGGGAGCUACGAUCCCAUGUGCCACGUGGUGUGGGAAAAAAGAAAAUUGCUCUUACUAAAACUUAGAACAUUGGCUCUUGAGUAUCUUGUUUGGAGCCUCUGAAGGCAGAUGUCAGUGGCAGGAGCUUCUGGCUGGAAAAGUCACAUUAACCUUUCUGUAGAAGACAACUUCACAACGAUCUAGAAGGAACGGGAUUAAAGAUGACUGAAUACUGGGCUCCAGAAAUUUAAAACAAUCAGGGACUACACAGAACCAUGGAAGACUUUCUGGAAGAUGACCUUUUUCUUCUCUAUACUCUCUAUGGAAAACGUGGCAAGAUGCCUGUGAAAGAUGAGAGAGGUGACCUGGAUAUGAGCAAAGUAGUGAAGCCAGUCCAGGCUACUCUGUCAUCUUUGAAGAUGUUAGAUGUGGGAAAGUGGCCAAUUUUCUCCCUUUGUUCUGAGGAAGAACUGCAGUUAGUUCGUCAGGCCUGUGUCUUUGGCAGUGCCAGCAAUGAACUUCUGUAUACUACAGUAAAUGAUGAGGUCUUUGUGCUUGGCACAAACUGCUGUGGUUGUUUGGGAUUAGGUGAUGUCCAGAGCACCAUUGAACCUCGGAGACUGGAUUCUUUAAGUGGCAAAAAAAUCGCCUGCCUCAGCUAUGGGAGUGGGCCACACAUUGUCCUUGCAACAACAGAAGGAGAAGUCUUUACCUGGGGUCAUAAUGCUUACAGUCAGCUGGGCAAUGGGACAACUAAUGCUGGUCUAGUGCCCUAUCAUAUCUCUACUAAUCUGUCGAACAAGCAAGUCAUUGAAGUGGCCUGUGGGUCUUACCAUUCUUUGGUGCUAACAUCUGAUGGAGAGGUAUUUGCAUGGGGUUAUAAUAACUCUGGGCAGGUAGGGUCUGGAUCCACAGCCAAUCAGCCGAUCCCUCGACGCGUCACUGGCUGCUUACAGAGCAAAGUGGCUGUGAACAUAGCCUGCGGGCAGAUGUGCUCGAUGGCAGUGGUGAGCACCGGGGAGGUCUUUGUCUGGGGCUACAAUGGAAAUGGGCAGCUGGGACUCGGCAGCAGCGGCAACCAGCCAACCCCCUGCAGGGUGGCAGCUCUCCAAGGCAUUCGUGUCCAGCGGGUUGCCUGUGGCUAUGCACACACUUUAGUAUUAACAGAUGAAGGUCAAGUGUAUGCUUGGGGCGCAGAUUCUUACGGCCAGUUGGGUACUGGCAAUAAAAGUAACCAGUCCUACCCUACCCCUGUCGUUCUGGAAAAGGACAGAAUUAUAGAGAUUGCAGCCUGCCACUCGGCGCACACGUCUGCCGCCAAGACGCAGGGCGGCCACGUGUACAUGUGGGGUCAGUGCCGCGGCCAGUCGGUGACCCUGCCGCACCUCACGCACUUCUCCUCCACCGACGACGUGUUCGCCUGCUUCGCCACGCCCGCCGUCACGUGGCGCCUGCUGUCUGUGGAACCUGACGACCACCUCACAGUGGCCGAGUCCCUGAAGAGGGAAUUUGACAACCCCAACACCGCAGACCUGAAAUUUCUGGUGGAUGGAAAGUACAUUUAUGUGCAUAAAGUCCUUCUCAAAAUCAGGUGUGAGCAUUUUCGCUCUUCAUUGGAAGACAACGAGGAUGAUAUUGUAGAAAUGAGUGAAUUUUCGUAUCCUGUUUACCGAGCCUUCCUGGAGUACCUGUACACAGACAGCAUCAGCCUGUCCCCCGAGGAGGCAGUAGGAUUGCUUGAUUUGGCUACAUUUUAUAGAGAAAAUCGUUUGAAAAAACUCUGCCAACAAACUAUCAAGCAAGGAAUCUGCGAGGAGAAUGCCAUCGCGCUGCUAUCGGCCGCCGUGAAGUAUGAAGCUCAGGACUUAGAAGAAUUCUGCUUCAGGUUUUGCAUAAACCAUUUGACUGUAGUAACACAGACUUCGGGCUUUGCAGAAAUGGACCAUGAUCUCUUGAAGAACUUUAUCAGCAAAGCAAGCAGAGUUGGAGCCUUUAAAAACUGACCCUCACCUGCAGGAAAGAAGUUUUAGUGUUUCCACUAUCCCUGCAACAGUCAGAGAAUACCUUCUUCUUAAUAGUGUUGAUGAUGUGCUACAUUUGGGCUGAACAUGUUCUGUCAAAACACGGGGAUGGUGGUGAGUCUUCCCCCGCUUCUGAAAUCCACUGUCUACAAGAGAAGGCAUUAAAUGGUCUGUUCAGAUGGGACUAAGCGCAAGGGGAAAAAAUUGAAAUGUCUUACUAUAUUUACCAUUUCCUCUUACAAGUCACUUAAGUUGAAGACUUUUGGUACAGGGGUCUAAGUGUAUGCUAUUCUGGCCAAAUUUCCAUAUUCAACAGGCUGGUACCACACAGAGAAGCUUGACCAGGAGUGUUCUCACUAGCACACUUCCAGCAUCCAGCACAGUGCCUUGCCUAUAGCAGGCACUCAACUUAUUAUCAAUCUUAAUCAUGCCUGAACAGCUUUAUUUAUGGAACACUGGAUGAAGGAAUAACUUAGGCAAAACAAAUUUAAAACAGCUGAGGUUCCUAUUAUGGUACAUUGUUCUGAGGAAUAGUGGCUAAUUUAAAGCGUUAAUUAGAAUUCACAAAAGGCCUUGGCAAUUAAAUUGUUGAAGACCCAAGGGCUAAUUUUAAUUCUCCGUUUUACUCUGAGUCAUUAAUUUCUCAUAUGAAAUUAUUGAGUAUGAAAUACUAUCUUUGAAAGAGUGUUAUUCCUGGGCUGAUUUGCCUUACAUAAUUGCAUAAUGUCCUUUUACUUUUGUGUUAAGAGAUUUGCCUCUGUAAGUAAAAAUGGUUUUCUCUUGUAGUUGACUUUUAUGUCACCACAAAACAGGUCUUUUAACUUGGCACAGUGUGAUUAUAAAAGUAGCAGCUGAAAAGGAACUAAUACUUCCAUUUCAUGGGCACCACUAGCACGAAUGAGGUAAAUUUAUACUUUUUAGAUCAAGUUACCCAACUGCAAACGAGAAACUGAACCAGGAUGUAGGCUGCGGUGUCAGUGUCCUAACAUGUAUUUCACAAUAUGAUACUAUGUGAAGAAACCUCUUUUGGAAUUAGAAACCUUGUUCUGAUGCUGAACUGUUUGAUAAUAAAGUGCUCAUUUGUAAGUAACAGAA